AUGGGCAUGUAUGGGGAUCGGUGCCCCACUGCCCCCUCCGGACCGACAGACCAGCUUUGCGCGUCGAACUUUUGCGAGCCUCAGGUCGUCCUCAUUGAUAACCUCGAGCUCGCUGUUCGUGCAGAGGAUCAAGUCAUCUACUAUGGCUUCAUGGGUUUCAGUGGCACGCCGGCAGCGAAAGCUAUAGACCACGUUAACAGGUCGGGCCGCGGCCUCACUACAGAUUGCGUCUUUGGCGAAUCCGGCGAGAAGAACAGAGUACGGAUGUCAUCGGGCGCAACAGAUUCAACUACUGAGGAACUUGAAGAAGUGGAUCGGCUGGUCAUUCCCGGGGCGGAACAAAUGUCACAUACGGGAAACCCGAAUGUUCUUCAUCUUCAGGAGCCCUUGGCGACCACUCUGCAUGGGUCGUCAGCAGCUGUCAUGCCGAUUCAUCUGCGUCCGCCACAGGCUGUGGCUGCGGCCCUGUCGGUGGCAGCGCGACGCCAGAGUUUAGCGGUCAUCCACAGACACCCAGGGACCGGUCUUGAAUGCAGCGAUGCAACAAUCGUCUCAGGCACCGCGGAUCGAAGACUAAUGUCGCAGUGA